CGUGUGCAUGGAACUUUAUUUUUAGAUUAUUUUAAAUGUGAAGUAUAAAUAAAUUUAACCUAGACCCACUUUGGUACGGGAAAUAUAUACACUUGCAUUUAAGUGUCAAUGAUCAGAUAAUAAUUUGUUGCCGCGAAAAUGUGUUGUAUUUUGGUGAUGGUCCUAGUGAUGUUCGUCAAUUGUGGAUUUUGUUUUGUCAACUUAGCUGAUGUGGAGUGCGGCAUUGACAUCGCCCGUCGCGGGCGCAUAGUCGGCGGAGAAGAUAGUCUCCCUGCAGAGUUCCCCUGGGCAGCCAGUCUCUGGAGGCAGGGGACACACCAGUGCGGAGCCACAGUACUGACAGACCAAUGGCUUUUGACUGCCGGACAUUGUGUUUGCAGUGUUUUCGACGAGUUCUACAAGUCCAAACAGCUGACGGUCGUGGUCGGGUUCACCGAUAUAUCGACGUCCAAAUCCAACGAGCCUCUCUCCAGAGUUAUACCUCAUCCCGACUACAGAUGUAACCGCAAAUCAAACGAUGUGGCGCUACUGAAGACCGCUAGGCAACUCAAAUGGACCAAUGACCUGAGGCCUGCGUGUCUACCGCAGCCAAUCGCCGAGGACUUCAGCGGAGUCCAGGCCACCGUCGCCGGAUGGGGCUUCACCAAUGAGGAUAGGGCUAAAGGGUCAAGACCGAACGUCCUGCAAAAGACAGUUGUGGUAGUGGUGACCAAUGAGGAGUGCAACAAGUGGUACCAGUCGCAGGGGAGCAAGGUCAAGGUCAUAUCCACUCAGAUGUGUGCGGGACACGAGCAAGGUGGCAGGGACUCCUGUUGGGCUGACAGCGGCGGCCCCCUCAUGUUCAGAGAAGACAACCGCCACGCCAUGGUUGUGGGCGUGGUGUCCACCGGCAGUGGCUGCGCGAGAGCCCGGAUGCCAGGAGUCUACACCCGUGUCUCCAGGUUUACUGACUGGAUCCGACAGAGCAUUGAGAGUGAUAGGGUUAGAUCUGGUCUUAACUGGUAUCCUAGGUUUUAUUGAAAGGAUACCUUCUUUCAGCCAAAACCAGACUUUUCCCCUUCGUUACUAUUCAAGAACAAAACAGCUGUGGUUGAUGUUCAAAGGCCCGUUGUGACAGUGCAACAUCAGCAGGACCAAAUUAGUGAACCACAGAUAAUGCUGUGGUCAUGUAAUGGUGACCAGUUUCGUUACUAGUUGUACGUAUAUUGAAUUAUUAUAUAAAAACAUAUGUGAUAUUAGAUUCUAAAAUAUGUAGCCAUGAAGAUAUUAUGU